AUGGGGGAUCUGUCGCCCUUACUUGCUAAAGAAUUACCAUUUAAAUCCUUAUUUGGCAGAGUGGUUUUGCAAAAUAUGUCACCUGCUAAAAUGAAUGCAUUUGUACCUGCAAUUUCAAGAAAAUCAAGUUUGAAUAAAAGUAACAAUACAAUAUUUGAUAUAAAAAAUGAUGUACCAAUAAUUGAUUCAAAAUGUGAUAUAAGAGACAGUUCUAUAGAAUCUAUAUCAUUAAAUUUAUCACUUGACAACAAAGAAUCAUUUCAUUCUUUAAAUAGCAGCAAUAGCAAUAAUAGUAAAGAUCUAACCAUUUCUUCAAACAAUAAUGUAUCUAUACCAAUGGAAUCAGGUAUUCCACAUGAACCAGUUUUCUUUUCACCUUAUGUUGUUAUUAGUCGAGGAAAAAGCAAUGCUAGAAAAGAACAACAGUUAAAACGUGGGUUUAUUCUUAGUUGUUCAUCAAAUGAUGAUAUUCCAACAAAAGAUACUGUCAUGAAAAAAUUAAAUAUAUCAAUUGAAGAAGAGGAACGUACAGCACAAUAUUUCCAAUUUCUUUUGAACAGAGAGAUAGAUAGAUUAAAUGACUUAUGUGAAAAAUGGAUGCAGAUUAAAGUAGAACCCAAAACUACCAAAAAUAGAUUAUAUGAAAUAAAUCAAGCCAUUAGUCAAACAAAAUUGUUAAUAAGCAAAAAAUUUGAAAGAUUUCGUGGAUUAGUUUCUGAUUGUGAAACAGGAAAGGGAGAAAUGUUGGUUACGUGUAAAGAUUUGCAAGGAUUUUGGGAUAUGAUGUAUAUGGAAGUGGAAAAUUGUAAUUUGCAGUUUGAGAAAUUGGAGAAACUUCGUUUACAAGGCUGGAAAGAAGAAGAAUUGUUGGUUGAUAGACCAAUUACUAAAAAACGAACUAUUACUAAAAAGAAAAAAAAUGUGACAGAAAAAAUGAAAAAUAAUAAUGAUACAAAUAGACCUGAAUCUAAUAAAAAUCAAAUUGUAGGCAGUAAAUAUCAGAAGAAUGAAAACCUUAGUAGUAAAAAAUACACAAGGAGAUCUAUGCCUGUUGAAUCUAGUGAAAAGAAACGUGUCCGUGCAAAAAGUAAAAGAUUAAGUUUACUGGAACAGAUACAAUUAUCUGAAACAUCAAAGAAAGCAAGAAGUCCAUUAACAAUAAUAAAAAUAAGUCAAAUGUGUAAAACACCAGUGGUUCAGUUAGACGAUUCAAUAUCUUAUGUUAAUUCUAAUCAAACACCAGGAAAAAGUAUACUGAAACAACUAAAGAAUUCAAUUACUAUCGAAAAUCAUGUGAAGCCAGUAAAUCAAGUUAAUUUUGAUGAUGAUGUAAUUUUAAAUGAAGUACCAAUAGAUGAAGAAACUCAGACCAAAAUGGAUUUAGCUGCAGCAUUGUCAAGAAUAGAUAAUUUUAAUUUUAAUGAUUCAGAUGAUGUAACAGUUAGAGCAGAAAAGAAACUUGUUUUUGACAAUAAUUCCAAUGAAAAUGCAGACGAUUCCAAACAAAAUCUAAAAUUAGAAAAUUCUACAAAUAAUGAUACUACAAUAGCAUAUAUGAAAACACAAGCAACAACACUACUGGAAGAAUUGAAUAAAAAUCUUAAAGCAUUGCAAAGAAGAAACAUUAAAAGACAAAAUACUGUAGGUGAAGAUAGUAUGACAGUGAACCAAACCCGAUUCUUAAAUAUAAAUACUUCUACACCCUUUAAAAAAGUCAAAGGUGAUACAGAUUUAAAUAUUUCAAAACAAGAACAUUUUUCUGCAAAUAACAAAGAAGAUACCAGCAAACAAUAUGAGAGUAUAAGGAUUCUGAGAAACAGAAUUAUUAUUCCAACAGAAACAUCUAUAGCUAAACGAAGGUCUUUGAAGAAUCUGUCUGUUAGUAUAUAAGAAGUAGAACAAGUAAAUAAAACUCUUCUUGAGGGGACCAAUAGAAAAACUUUGUAA